AUGGAGUCGCUCUUCUGCCUGUGCCUUUGGAAUGCUCUUGAGUUGUUGCUGUUUCUCACUGUUUCUGGUGAGGGGUUGCCAGUCCUGCCUUGCUCAUCUCAGGGUCCUGCCCUGUAUUCGCUGGUGUUUCAAGGCAAAUGGAGUCCCAGAGCCUUUCCCAAACAGUAUCCUCGGUACAGACCUCCUGCACAGUGGUCGCCUCUCAUAGCUGUUACUCACAGCAACAAAUACAGACUGUGGCGCUUGGGUUCCAAGGCUAGGCCAGGGGUACGGGAGUUUGCAGAGAAAGGUGCCAAUGCCACACUGAAACAGGAGAUAAAAAAGGCCAAGAACAAGAUACACAGCAUUGGAGGCUACUUCACUGCACCAGCCAUCCGCAGUGGGGUAGGAGAGACGUCGAUCAUGUUACUGAUCCAUCCAACACACCCAUUGCUGUCCUUUAUGGUCCGGAUAGUCCCAAGCCCAGAUUGGUUUGUUGGAUAUGACAGCAUUAUUCUUUGUCAAGGGGAAGACUGGAAGGAGGAUAUUACACUUGAUCUUUACCCUUAUGAUGCUGGGACUGACAGUGGAUUCACUUUCUCCUCACCCAAUUUCGCAACAGCUCCACAGGACACAAUAACUCAGAUCACAUCAAGCUUUCCUAAUCAUCGUGCAAAUUCAUUCUACUAUCCCAGACUUCACCACCUCCCACCAAUGGCACGGGUCAUGCUGCACAAGUCAAAGGGGCAACAAUUAGUUGGAAUGCCUGCUAUGAAGUUCAACUUAAUUUCUCCAGACAGAGAAAGUGAGAUACUCUCAGAAACCCCAUUGGACUGCGAGGUUUCUAUUUGGUCUUCCUGGGGUCUGUGUGAUGGAGACUGUGGUCAGUUUGGCAUCAGCCGCAGGACACGUUUUAUCCAUACGAAGCCUGCCAACAAUGGAGCAGUUUGCCCAGAGCUGGAGCAGGAGAUAAAAUGCAUUCCCACAAAUUGCUUCUUGUGA